AUGUCCUGGUACCAAAAAUCAUUCACUCUCCCUCCCCGCUCGCGCGGCUCCUACCUAAUCACCGACACCAUCCUCUCCGAACUCCCCGAGCUACGCAACUACAAAGUCGGCAUGCUGAACCUCUUCAUCCAACAUACGAGCUGCGCACUUUCACUAAACGAAAACUGGGAUGAAGAUGUCCGCGAAGAUAUGAGUGAUGCACUGGAUCGAAUUGCGCCGAUGGAUCGAAAGGGGAAUCUCUACAGGCAUUCAGCCGAGGGGGAGGAUGAUAUGCCGGCUCAUAUCAAAUCCGCCCUCAUUGGAGCUUCUGUGAACAUCCCUAUUUCCAAUGGUCGUCUUGCUACCGGGACCUGGCAGGGAAUCUGGUAUUUGGAGUUCCGGGCAAGUCGGCACACGAGGAAAGUUGUUGCGACGAUUCAGGGUGAGAAGGCGUGA